GCUCAGAGGAAUGGGGCCGUCUUCCUCCCUGACCCCGGCCCGUCAAUAGAAAAAAAAAAAAGGGUUUGGGAUGCACGACGGAGCAGAUGAACCACAACUCCCCAUUACAUAAAAUCAGGGCUGCUGAUACCACAGAAACAUGGGGUAUCCCAUUCUUCUGGGAAAAAACGCAGCUGUUUGCCAGGAGUGAGUUUUUAAACUCCACACGUUUGCUUUAUACUUUGUUUCUUUGAGCCGUUUGCUUUGAUACAAACAUCUGCAACGAUGUGGGCUGUGGACUGGAGGAGUCGAACCGCUGCCACUGUACUCUGCCUUUUGGCAUACCUUAUCUCCAAAGCAUCAGCGGAAGGCACAGCGACGCAAGAUGUGACUCUGAAGGUCCACCUGAGCGACGCUAGCACUCAGCAGCCCCUGUUUGGAGCCACCGUGCAGCUCUUCGCCAAUCACACUUCUGUAGCCACGGAAACCUCAUCAAGUGAUGGCAACACCUACUUGCAGUUCCCUUACAGCCUUGGGACACCGCUUGUUGUCACCGCAACCAAACAGGGAUAUGUGCCAAACUCGGUUCCCUGGACUCCGUCCAAAUUACCGGUGUUUUCCUCCAUCAGUCUGGAUCUCCUUCCAGAACGUGCUGCUACCCUAAUGGUGUAUGAUGAUGUUGUUGAGAUUAAGUCAAGUCAACAAGGUUUAGGAGCCCAGCCCAGCAUUCAGUUUCUGCGCAGAGCUCUCACUCUUCCCGCCAACACAUCCUUCACAAACCUGACUGCUCUGCUCACUGUGGCGAGCUCCUCGUCACACAUCCAGCACUUUCCUCAUCUGCAGAUUCUGGGCGGCAACAGUACAGGCACAGAGAAGAAGUUUGAGCUGACCCCUGUAGCAGCCAUCUCUGUACAUCUGUUUGCCAGCGAUGGAACAGAUCUGCAGGUGAACGGACCAAUCACCUUCUCCCUUCCCCUGCCGCCUGAUAGCAACUUGAAGGAAAAUGAUCACCUCACUGCUGUGAGGUUUGAUCCUCGCUUAGGGGCCUGGAUUGACGGCAGCCUAGGCCACGUACAGAGGGUGGGAAACCAGCUGAUUCUGAAAUACUAUGCUCCCCAGCUUGGGUAUUGGAUGGCUGUCAUGUCUCCUCUGCACUCGGGUGUGAUGGUGACCAGGGACUUCAGCAGUUACCAUACUGUGUUCCUGUUGGCCAUACUUGGAGGCAUGGCUUUUAUUUUGCUGUCCCUGCUGGGCCUGCUCUUGUACUACUGUCGGCGUCGCUGUUUAAAGCCUCGAGGGUCUCAUCGAAAGUUCACUCUUUCCACUGGUCUUGACAACACUAAGAAGGAUCAAGCAACCUCCAUGUCCCACAUGAACCUCAUCAGCAAUGAGGUGCAGCUGGAGAUUGUUUCUACAGCAACCGAACCUGACAUGACCACGCCGAUGCUGAAGCCCUCUUUGUGCGAAUCCCAAGACAAUCAGCGGCAGCAGAGCCUAAUCCAGCUCGCCAAACACAGCCGCUCCUCUCUCUGCAACAACAGCCACCAGGGCUCGUCCCUCAGCAGCCUGACGCUUCGCAGCAGGGACUACCGGCAGUCAGCAGAGACUUUUCCUUUGAAGGCUGGACUGUCAUGUGGGACAGAGAGGGGCUACCGUCAGUCAUUCACCUCCGUUUGCUCAUCCAGCAACCAGAUGUCAGAAGCACUGUCAUCAUCCAAUCAGGGCCAGGUGUCGGUCACCCAGUUGAGCAGUGUCGGUAUUAUUGACUGUAUCUCUCCAUCCUCUCCCCCCCGAUCCCCGUGCAGGGGGGAGGGAGGGGAGUGCAGAGCACCUGACCACCUGCUGUCUCGUUCUGUAGACCACCUGGAGCGCUCAAACCCUCAGUCACUCUCUCGACCAGGCCAGCUGCUCUGCUGUGGCUCGGUGGACCUGCUGAGUGCAGGAGAAAGCUACUCCAGAGUGCGCCCCACCCUGGUCAUCCCGGCACAUUACAUGCGCCUCCCUGGUGAGCACCCGCUGUCUGGUCAGGCCCUUCUGUUGCAGACAGACCAGCAAAGUGACUUAGAGACCAUCCAGGCUGAACUCAAUGCUUCACAUUCUCAGCAGCCCCUGGGGCCCAGCCCCUCUGACAGCACCCCAGACCCCAGCAAGCAGGGUGAGGCAGAAGCUCUCGGCCUGUCAGAGUCUCUGUCUAUCCCUGCUGCUCUGGGGGAAACGUCUCUUGUUGAGAUAAACAAAGAGGACACCUUGCUGGCUGAAAAGACUUUAAUGGAGCUAAGAGGAGGGAAACCCCUGCCUCACCCUCGUGCUUGGUUUGUGUCUCUGGAUGGACGCUCCAAUGCUCAUAUCCGCCAUUCGUACAUCGACCUCCAGCGGGCGGGCUGUCACAGUAAUACACAGAGCGCUGGAGAUCAACAAGAUUAUGAUGGCAGUGGGAGACAUGGCAAUGAUGCUAGUCUGGACUCUGGUGUGGACCUUAAUGAGCCCAGAGCUGGGCGCAGGGCAGGAGAUGCAGAGCGGGAACAUCGAGCAUCAGAGAGAAAGACUGCCACAUCUUACACCCAGCUUGUGUACGUGGAUGAUAUAGAGGGGGAGGAAAAAGGCAGCCCUGAAGCAGGGAAACCCGGCGUUGAGAGCAACAAAGAGAAUCAGGGACCAGGAGACGUGGAGGGGAGACCAGCCGAGGGAGUCCAAAUACUAGAGGAACCGCCCUCGAUUUCCCCGACAUCUCCUGCUUCUCCUCCUCCUCUGCCCACACCAGAGGGAGUGACUUUCAGGACUGAUCACGCACUGCUGUCAGUCUCCCCAGAUGAUGAUACAGCACAUGAAGAUGGAGAGGAGGAGAAGAAAAGUCCUUGGCAGAGAAGGGAGGAGCGACCCCUGCUGGCUUUCAACCUUAAAUAAGUCUCAGAAGUCUGUUAAAGGGGAGCUUUACGUCUAUAAAUACUCACAAGCCAUAAUAUAUUCAAAUUAUUUCUGGAUUGUAGUUUAUCAGUGACUAAAGGGUGAUAACUCUGUUCUAAAACUCACACUUACAGGUGCCUUUCAGGGAAUUGAAACAUCAUUAAAAACUCCAUUAGAUUCAUUGUAUUCAGAGUUUUAUAUUUGAAGUGUUCAUUCUGUCAGUUUUGAUAAUUAUAAUCUACAGAUGAUGAAAACCCAAAAUUCAGUUUCUCAAAAAAAAGUGAAUACUACAAAAAGAUUUUGCAGGUGCAAUAAAUCCUCCGUGACAGGCGCCCAAAUUCUUGGAUUGGAUUUCCUGUAAAAUCCUGAGGACAGUAAUGAUGGUUGAUUGUGUACAUUUUUACACAAAGGUUUUCAUUUCAAUCAGUUGUCAUUGUUGACAAUGAUCUUUUGGGCUUACCUCUGUAUUGGACAAGUUAGACAAAUAUUAUCGGUUAUCCAUCAUAGGUCAGCAUUGCUAUAUUAAGUAUUUUUACUCGUCUGAGAAACUGAAUUUUGGCUUUCUGUCCACAUUAAGCCAUAUUUGAUUAUAUUUAUACACACAAACACUUCAAAUCUAUCACUCUUAAAUGAGUUUGAGUAAUAUGAUAAUAUGAAAUAAAUUGCUGAAUUAAACUGACCUAAUUUGAUAUUUUGAGUUAACUAAGAUGCACCUGUAUUGAAUGUAUACCUUGAGACACAUAAUAAGGAGGGGAGUUAUGAAGUUAGAAAUUCAGCAAUUUUUGACUAUUUUAUUUUACACUAUGAUCUCGACAAAGAUAAUCUAGUGAGUUUGAACGGGAUAAAAAUCCAAAGUGAGCAUAAAACAGGUUUAUCGGCAAACAGAAAAUGUAAACCUCCCCUUUACCACUGCUCCUCGACUGCUUGGAUAAGAACGUGAAGGAUGAAUCCUUUUUAAAUGAACACCUUUUGCUCUUAUGAAAGCACUGAGAAGAUGUUUCAGCAUGGGGGGGCACUAAAUGCAGAACAAUCCAAGUCCCUCAUAAACCUGUAGAAACCUCUACCAAAUUAGCACUGGGCGGCUGACAGACUUUGGAGGCAAGAAUUAUGAAAGAUUUUAUGCACAACAAAUGUAUGCCUUUUUUUAUACAAGGAGCCUUGUUUGUGUAAAUGGACUGUGGGGGAAAUAAUCCAUGACUUGCUCACAGCAGCCAGUUUUUCUUGAGCCAUAUUGGCAAAAUUCCAGGAAGAACCUAUUUAGAGUCAGAAUAAAACCCCAUUUUAGCUUAGGUAACUGGUUUAAAUGGCUUUGGAGUGUAUGUACACAUCAGGACGUGUAAUUGUAUAGUUUAAUAGGAAUCGCUAGCAUCUGCUUUAAACCCUUCGACAGCAUCAGCCUUAAUAUAAACACUUAAAUCCUGUAUUUUACAUGGCUUUUAAUAUGAUGAAGAAGACUUACUAACGUGGGCGCUGAUGUUUUAGAUCUAAAAUUAAAUGACUACCUGCUCCUUGGCCCAAUCAGAUAAUGUGACAGCGUUUUUGCUGGUAAGGUUUAAAUUACCACUACAAACCAUGUAGUUUCACUCUUUAAUAAUUGUGAAGUAGGUAUUAUGAAGGUUUUUUUUUAUAUAUUUGCUGAACCACUGAUUUGCAUAUUUUUAUUUUCGAGGCUAUGCAUCACUUUUAUAUGGCUGCUUUGGAUGCCUUUUUGUACAUUUGAUUUUAAUUGCCAAUAUUAAGUAUUUUUCCCUUUAAAAUGGGCUGUUUUUUAUUUGUUUUUCUUGUAAUGUAUCAAGGGCUUUUUCUCUUUACCUGGCUUUAUUGUUAGAGCUGAAUCAAACGCUGCAGAAUAUUUUGCCAUCUAACUCUGCUGUGUUUUUGUCUCUCCUUACACUCAUAAUCCAAGUGCCUUUGAAACACCCGAUUCUGCAACUUUUUUUUUUUUUUUUUGCUCGUUUGCCUUUAGCUUUCCUCCUCUACCUCAGCCCUUUCUCUUUCUCUCCUGCUUGUGAAGGGAAGCAUGCAAUGUGCUUUCCUCAGCACUCAGAUAUUACUACAGCUACACUGCAGACAUCUCAGAAAAUGUCUGCAAACUGCUGCAAUCCUAAAAGGUCUUUACAGUAGUGCUGCAAGGCACUCCAUGAGUGGAGGCAGUUUUUCAGGAAAGAUGAAGCUAUGCGUAAUUGUAUGUGAAGCUAUCCUACAGAAGUUUGAUGUUUUUUUUUUUUGUUUUUUUUUUUAGAACGAAUGCUUGUUUCACAUGUUUUUCUUUUUGAAUAUGUUGUCUAUUGUGAGGCUUCUGAGUCUGGCUAUUAAAUCAUGAAUCCAAUCAAUAUUCAUCUGCCCCUAGAAGUCACAGAGUCUGUAUAGCUGUGUUUGUACCUCUGCUCAGUCAAAAUCAUGUGUGAGUUGGUGUUAUGAAUGUUUUUUCAUGUUGUCUCACAAUGACCUCCAGUUAAUGGACGAAGCAGCAAUACAUAAUUCUGAGUGUGUAAACUGGUUGGUUGCUUUAUAUUUUAAGCAUAUUAUUCUAAAUAAACAACCAAACUGGGA